AUGCAAGGCGUGACCUGCACUUCGUGCCGGGUCAUCUCUCGGUCCCGAUUCCGUUUCCGUCUGUUCGUUCUGAAAGAUAGCCGACGAAGACUUCACACUUCUCUUACAAAGCAUGAGAACACUCCCUUCCAACCCAAGUCUUGGUACUGGGAAACAGAGCCUCCAACAGACGAGAAUCUAGCUGCAGCAGCCAAAUUCUUCAAGGCCCAUCGCCCAUUUCGAGAAUGGACCGGCACCGCGUGGCGCAGGCAUAAAGCCUCUGUCCCGGGAGGCCUCCUGGUUCCGGAAGUUAUAUUUCUUGGUCGGUCCAAUGUUGGCAAAUCCUCCUUGCUCAACCAUGUCACCUAUGAUGACCACCUCAACCGUGUCAGUCAAACUCCUGGCGCAACGAAGACCAUGUGGGCUUGGUCUUUGGCAGCCAGGAGCCGUCAAGAUGGUGGUGCGAUACCAGGAUGGGGUGGCGAUUGCAGACCAAAACUCACCGUUGUCGAUUUGCCAGGGUAUGGAUAUGGCAGUGAUGCGGAAUGGGGCAAUGAAAUAAUCACCUACAUGAAAAACCGCAAAGAGCUGCGGAGGGCAUAUGUCAUCGUUGAUGCUCUGCAGGGAAUCACUCAGCAUGAUCGCAAAAUUUUGGACGUGUUACGGACUCUCACAGUCCCAUAUCAGAUGAUCGUCAGCAAAUGUGACAAAUCAGGCUGGCAUGGUUCACAAACGGCGGUCGAGUCUGUACUGGAGCCUAUCCGCGCAGAAGCCGAGCUUGGAAGUAGCAAACAUGCCGGCCUUGGUGAGCUGAUCCUCGUGGGAGGUCUUCAGAGUGGCUCCUCGACAACACCUUACGGUGUUGAGAACCUCCAGUGGUCAAUUCUGCGGGCGGCUGGCUUGGAUAAGUUUGCUAUGUCUGCGGGACCUGCCGGACAUUCCCAAGCACGGAAAUAUAAUGCCGGGACGAUCAGUGACACUCUUGCGGCUAGCCGUGGCCAGCGCCUUUCGUCAUUGAAGCCUCAUGAGGAAUUGUCGAAUCAAGCCACUGCUCCCCCACAAAACCCUGAACUUAGUCUUCAGGACUUUCUCGCCGAACUUCUCAAUGUGAAAAACCCUAUCAAGAAGUCCCCUCAGCAAGGCGUGGAAUUCUCGAAGUCUCCGGCGGAUUCAAGCUCCAAUCGUUCACCAUGGUUGCCAGAUGAUCUUAAGUCGAGUCCGUCUCCUUUGGAACGCUCCAACACCAAGAAUCCAGUCGACGAGAAACUCAUGGCCCUCCUCGCUGCUAGCAGAAGGAAACCCCAAGAGUCAAGUCCCAUCCCAUGCAAACCAGUCUCUACGUCACGGGUCGCACCAGCCAUCGGUACAAAGACUUUUCGCGGUGCGGACGCAUUUUCAGCAAUGUCUGGGGUAAAGCCAUCCACAUCAAGGUCGGCGAACUCAAUAUCCAGAUCGUCAGCUACUCCGUCAACGCGCUCAAAUCGUGCAGCACCUCUACAAGGCAAAGGCGUUAGCCGUGGCCUAGAAGCAUUCGAAUCGAUGUUCGAAGCCCCAGCAUCGAAAAAGUCCAAGGGCUCCAGAGCUGCCAGGUCCGCUGCUCCCCGUCCUGAUCGGACACCCGCUGCACCGGUUUCCAUAGGGAAAGGAGUAACUCGAGGCCUCGACGCGUUUGAGUCUAUGUUCUCACCCGAACCAUCGAAGCACAGUGGUGGAAGGAAGAGGAGAACCAGAUACUGA